UCGUUCGUUGAUGUUGGUUAUUGUUUAUUUAAUAAUGUUUUUACGGGAAAUUUGUUUGUUUGUUUGUAUUCGAAAUUGAUUUUAGUCUACACGAUGCGUUUGAAUCCUCAAUGGCAAGGCUCAAUAGUGUAUCAGUUGGGUAUGCAACAGGCUUUGACUACCUCACUUGUGCACACUGAAUUGAACUUGCCGAAAUUUAUUUGUAACCUUUCGCUUUCCGAAUCGGGUUCCAACCUUCGUCUAGUGCAUUUCCAUCGGAAUGCUGAGCAUGACUCUGUGCUGGAGACAUCGUGUAUAUUUGCGGUAUUCGGUUUGGUACCGUCAGUGUCCUUUGAACGUCGUUUUUCGAGAUACUCGCGAAUUGGUUGCAGUAUAACGAUGGCAAUACCGAGUUGUAUUCUGACGGCGAAAUUCAAAUUGAAGACGGGUUCAUCGGUAUACGAGUACCAAAUGGCGUUAUGCGAUAAUCAAGACGAUGUGGCUCGAGCCACCCUUUACGGAGUGAUUCUACCGUUUGCGGCAUUUCAUUUGGCAAAAGUUUUAUUCCGAAGUUCGUACGAAAGAUUUAUGUCGUUGUUUGAAGAUCAAACUGAGGAGAGAUUGGUUUUGGAGUCGAAAUUUGUAGUAUAUCUUCUUGUUGAGAAAUAUGAUAAAGGCUAUGAUUAUGAAGUGAUGAAUAUUGUUUUAUAG